GUUCAUGCCUUUCAUUUUUUCUUUGCUUGGUUUGCUUAUUGGAAACUCGAGGUACCCUAGUAACACCCAUAUAGGUAUGCCCGUAUUUUUCGCUUAAAUUACGAAAAAUUACAUGUACAAUGGCACAGGACAUCAAAAUAAUCGUAAACAAUGAUACCUUUAAGCAUUUGGAUACCAAUUGGCGGCAUUAUACUGUAAAAAAUGGAAUCCAAUUAUUGUCGCUAUGCCCGACGAUGGACUUACAAGCUUUCGUAACAGAUGCGAACCAAUUGUAUGUCUGUAGAAGGAAUGGUCAUAUCAUUUGGGAAUUGAAACGAGACGAAACUGUCACAGCGUUAUGUUGGCAUUUUAAGGGUGAAAUGCUAGCUGUUGGUUACGGCAAUGGUGAAAUUGAGUUACUUGAGGUUGUCAAUGGAAGAACUGCAGAAAAGAUUCAAACAGGAAGUACUGGGCGCAUCACAUCUAUUGCCUGGAGUGUUCAACAGAAAAGCAGGAAACCUUCUCUGCAGGACCUUUCGUUUGAUGCUACUGUGAAUUUGCCGCUACUCGGUGCACUUCCCAGUUCUUCAUUAAGAGAUUGCGUUUUUUCAUCAAAAGUGCUCGUAGAGCAUCUUGCUACAGACAAAAUGAACCUUAAUCCGAACCGUGAGAUUGAACUAAUGUCUGUGUUUGAUGAUCAUGGCUAUCGAUUGGCAAAUAUGUUUGGCACUUACAAAAUUGGACAGCUUUCAGAUUCAAAUGCGGCUUUAAAAAUUAAUCAACCUAUAUCUCAUGCUUGUUCCAGAGAAACAGCACAUCAUUACUUGGUUUCUUUGGAAAAGGGAAAUGCGGUUCUUAAAACUCUGUAUAUGCCACUUCUAGAAACAAGCCCUCAACAUUUAGUUGAGGUAGCUACGCUAUCUACAAGAAUGCAAUACCUGGUGAAGUACAUUAGCGAGACGUCUGAUGCAAUGUAUGAAGAGUACAAAAAUUUCCAAAGUACGCAACAAAAAGUUACCAACAUGUUUGAAACAAUUAACAGCAAAAACCCGGACCGCGUGCAUUUAUCCCCCCAGGCUGAGCUUUAUCAGUUUUAUAUGACUGGUAUUCCAAGCUGGUUUCUACGUGAAUGGCUAGCUGAUCGACUAGCUGAUCGUGGUUUAAAAAGCUGGGAAAAGAAGUUGGUCAAUUCAUAUCGAGAACUUUCCCGUUUGGUUAUCGAACACUUACUUCCUGCUUGCGAACGACUUACCGUUUAUCUUAAUAUCCUCAGAGGCAAAGCUUCUUGGGGCGUCAUCAAAGGGUCUAGUUUACUGGAUACGCGGCUCCUCGAUGAUUGUAUAGUCAAACUUUGUUUUAUACAUGCCUCCGCCUCUAAGCUUUUGCUAGUCAUACAGGCCGAAGAACAGUACUUUACAGAUUUCAUAAACUGGCUUAUUUACGCACUUGCCGAACUGACAAGUGUGGAACCAAGAUCUGUUCCUCCACAGCAACAUAUCAACCAAGCCGGAAACAUUGUUCACUACAUAAAGUCCGUGCUGUUUAAGUCAGAAGUGGAACUUUUCUUCCAUUCAAUCCAAGACACCUCUGUUUUUGAUUUGAAAUCCGAGAAUGUAGUUCCUGACUCAACGGAACUCUUUUCGUAUAAAGAUGAAUCAACCUCACCUCCUUUAAAUUAUCUCACACAAAAGCUUACAGAUGCUUUCAACUUGACAUUAAAUUAUCCGUCUUCCAUUUGUCAACGGCAGUGGCAGCUCACUUCGAGCAUUGUGUUGGGAAAAGCAACGGAUAACUUGCAAGUUAGGUUUCAAACAUUCUCCACGAAAACAGUGCAGGAAGAGUAUACUCUUCUUUUCGUUCCAGAAUCCGAAUUUGCUGUUGUACUCUAUUCGAGCCUAACGGACCAUGCUUUAAAACCCUAUGCACUUGCUAAGUUUACACUAGAUGAGGGCGCACUGUUGGAAUCUAUACCAGCAAACGAACGUGCCUCUAUAUCUUCCGGAGGAGACUCGGUUCGUAUCUUAGAUGCCACUUUUGUUAAAAGCUCUGUGCUUAUUCUUGUCCGCUGUCAUUCAUACUCCGUUUUGGCACAGUUUUCUGUUGAUCAAUUACUGAAACAGACGAUUGCUGAAGGGACUACGGAGUUGAUUUCACCAGAGUUUCCUGUACAGACUAUAUAUUCAAUUAAAGGAGCUACAGUAUUUAACGGAUCAUUUCUUCCAGAACUGUUUAAGUACUGCGCCAAUGUUGAUAGAGCAUCUGGCAUACUAGUAUCAAAGGACCGAAAACACUAUAGGCUCUUUGCCGUCGAUUAACCCCAAAACUUACUAACACGUUUAUUAACGACUUGUAUCCGUAAUAAUUUCCCAAACGACAAAAAUUCCGGAAAAUUAAUAGUACUACAUUAACCU